AUGCUGGCCGCCAGCGGGGGCGGUGCAGGAAUGUCGCGAGAUCUCGUCGCUCCGCCCCGCGGCCAGUCGAGCGGCCGGAAGAUGCGGCCUGGGAGCCUCGGGCGCCCGCUGCCGACUGACUGCCGGCGGGAAGCCGGGGCCAACAGCCUGGUGCCGACACCUGGGUUCCGGUCCCAUGCCCUUCUAUCGCGGCAGAGCUGGCCAGCAUAUCACUGGGCUUCCCCUUUCCUGCUGCUGGACUCAGCUGCCCCUGACUUCAGCCUCCCUGGGGAUUACCUUGGUGCAGGCCUGUUCCCUCUCCACAUUGACAGUCCCCAGGGGAGCAGACCCACAGUGACCCUCUGUGAUAGGGGGCCAGACUCCUUGCUGGCCCAGAUGACAAGUGGGGCGUGGUAUGUGCAUUUCUCCGAGUUCUUCUCCGCCUCUCCGAAGGCCUGUUAUCAGAACUGUGGACCCAACAGCUCCGGCAGCCGGGGCUGCCACCUUUCCCAGGCCACGAGCUUUGGUGUGGAGGAGAUGAACAACUCCACGGCUCUGCUGCCCAGUGUCGCUCUGGGUGCACGCAAUGCGACUUUGUGCUCAGAGUCAGCCACCGUGAGUGCCACUCUGAGCAAGCUCUCCCUGCGGGGGGCACGCCACAGAGGGAUCCCAGGAAACUCUUCCCUCCAUUGCCCGACAGCUGUGGUGGCGAUUGGGCCUGACCCCCCCCCCGCCCCCGCCACGCUGCCAGUGCUGCAGCCCCGCCCGGCCCCUUCCCAGUGUCCCUGUCACACAUGCCAGGUGGAGGUCAUGGUGCUGCUGCUCCAGAGGUUUGGGCGGGUCUGGGUCUCCCUGGUGGGCAGCGACAGUAACUACAGGCAGCCGCGGGGUCAGGUGCCGGAGGACCGGGACGCCCAGCGGGGCAUCUGUCUUGCCUGCCAAGACGUGGUGCCCUUCUCUGCCCAGCCAGGCGACCAGAGGAUGCAGAGCACGCCCCUCUGCCUGGCCUGAGUGAGGACCACUGUCGUGGGCAUCUUCUCCAGUGGGUAGCUGGCCGGACUGUUCUCCGAGUCCGCGGACUUCAAAAAGGCCAAUGUCGGGACAGACAAGGGGGCCCAGAGGCCAUGCUCCAGGGGCCCCAGGGGCAGCGGUGACCAGUGCUGCAGAGAGUGCUGGCCUUUCAUGGCACAGAAGAUGCCCGAGCUCUGAGUAUUUUCUGUGAGCUCUGCCUACAACUUAUACGGGGCUGUCACGGUGGCCCAUGGCCUCCCCCAGCUCCUGGGCUGGGCCUCCAAAGCCUGUUCUAGAGACUGAGUUGCCCCCUGGCAACUUCUGGAGCAUACCCGCAAGGUCAAUUUCCCUCUGCACAAGGACACUGUGACGUUUCAUGACGAUGGGCACCCCCUCAGCCGCUACCACAUAAUUACCUGGGGCUGGAGUGGCCCCAAGCGGACCUUCACAGUCACUGACUCGCCCACGUGGUCUCGGGUCUGGCCGGACAUAAAUAAGACCAGAACCCAGUGGCAGGGCGAGGACAGCCAGGUGACUAUGCCUUUGUGCUCCAGUCUUGAAGGGCACCAGUGAGCGAUUGUGGGCUUCCACCACUGUUGCUUCGAGUUUAUGCCCUGUGAAGCUGGGGUCUUCCUCAACAAGAGUGGCGAGAGACCAAGCGAGUGGGCGAAUGACUGUACAGCAGGUGAAGGGACCUCCCCGGGGCUAGACAUGUGCACACCUGACCCCAGAACCAGGGUCCCAGUCACUUUGCUGCCAGGUUGGUACCAGUUGGAGGAUAUCUGCCACCUGACAAUUCUGAUCAAGCAGAAAGAAACCAGUUGA